AUGACGUGUUUCUUAUUCGUUGUAGGCUGUGAGAAAUCCGCAAUCGCAUCGACUUUGGCGUUGACGGGUUUGACUUGGCCUUGGCCAAGUAUGUAACAUGGCCACAACCGAAUUCACUUUUGACUAAAUUGAUGGUUAACUUGCAGGGUGCGAUAAUUCAAUAUUUUUAGCCGUACCUGACUGGUACUCCGACAACUUUUGCAGCGUACCUGAUCUGAUACAAACUUAAGAGUCAAGACGUACCUAAGACUACUUCCGAGUAUGCGUUUUUAUACCUACGUAUAGUUUACUAGUCCGCCAAAAGCUUUUGUACAAAUGAAUCUUUAACUAUGUCUAUAGUAUUUGCAGUGUUGUAACGAGUCACCUAUAGGUCGAGUCACGAGUCGAGUCACUUAAAGGUCGAGUCACGAGUCGAGUCAUUUCAGUUUCUGACUGCGAGUCGAGUCGAGUCAGUGGCUUCACUCGAGUCGAGUCAGCAGUUUCACUCGAGUCAAGUCGAGUCAUUGGUUUAAGUCGAGUCGAGUCAAUAGCUAGACUUUGAGUCAGGGAAUUUGAUCAAGUCCACCCACAUCCUUGUCCCCAGGGCCUCUCGGCCGCGCGCGUCCUCCCUAGGCCCUGGAACAUACGGAACCGGAAGUGCAAGUAAACUUGCAGUAGUUUCUAAAGCGCAUGGUCUUGAAUUGGGACACUUUAGCACCCGUAACAAUUUUCAAAGUGAAGUAUUACGAAGAAACGAAGUAUUUGCGUUGACAUAUGUUGAUAGAAUAAUUUUUCCUAGCUAAAACUGCUCAACUUCUGCGAAAUAGGAUUUCUCUGAGAAGCCAAUCAGAUCUCUCGCUUUAGUCGCCUAACCCACAGCCUACUUUUCAACGAGUGACCGAGUGAAAAUGGCUCUGGGGACGAGAAUGGUCCACCUCACGCUUUUUGUAAUGGUUCGCUACCUUAGCUUGCAGUUUGAAAUUAGUAAUCAAAUCUACGUUUUAAGCUAAUCACUUUAGUCAUGUAAUAACAGUAUCUGGGCAGCCAUAGGCUGUACCAAUAUCACAGUUCUAGUCAAUAUUAAGUACAACCACAUGAGAUGUCUCAUCAUGCCUGCUGAUCGAGUGUACGUAUAUACAACUAGCAUAACUUGCAACUGGAGUCAGAAUUAACAAAGAAUAGACUUUAAUUAACCAUGCUUUGUAAGUUAAUUUGAAAUUAUAUAGCACUUCAUAAAUACCAAAAAUGAAGAUAGUCGGUCAGAAUUAGCAUAAGUACAAAAAAUUUUGAGACUCCAUUUUAAAAGCUGUGGUACUAGCGUUGUUUCUAAAAACAGAAAUGUAAUAUAGGCAUGCCCGUCAGGAAUAUACUGUAUUCUAUGCAAAUCCCAUAUAUUUUCUGAUAAAGUUUCGAAGUUCUCAUUGUUCACAGGGCUCAUUGUUUUUCCCAAGCAACACAAUCACAAUAAUUUUGAUGAAUUUAUUCUCUACAAGUUGUAGCUGAGUUGACUCGAGUCAUUUACGGCAAAAUCAGCAAGUCGAGUCCGAGUCGAGUCAUUUGGGGCUGUUGACUCGAGUCGAGUCAUUUUUCGUUUUGGACUCGAGUCGAGUCGCUGAAAAUGGCAACUCGAGUCGACUCAAUGACUCGACUCGUUACAACACUGGGUAUUUGUACAACAUAAUAUAACAGUUUUCAAAGCGUCGACGUUGUGACUCGAAUGCCAUCGCUCAUUUACAGUGGAUUUCCCGAGGGUGCUAACAGUCUGACCUCAGCUACAUACAGUGUAGUUUUCCUCAUUGGGCCUAAAAAAAACCUGUGGUUCCGGUUUCAUAUCGCGAAAAAAUUAGGGUAGGUAGGUCGGAAAUAAAAAAAAAAUUUAAUAUUUUUUUCAUGGUUUUAGCGGUUUUUUGCUGGGCGAUUUUCAGUAGAGUCCCGACAUCAAUAUUAACUAGAGAUGCGUAGUUCCUACGGACGAAUUUAGGCAAGUUGGUUCAAUAAUUAUCGUGACAACAGACGCCAUUUUGGCACGUUGUACGAGCAGCCCGCAACCAUCCGGAGAAAAUAGGGUCGCACGGUCAAUCGCGUUGAAAAAAUAAUAGGGUGCGCAGAAAAAAAAUAGGGUUGGUCGGGAAACCGUAACCACAGGUAUUUUUUUAGGCCUUGGUAUAGUAUUGACAAUUAAGCCCAGGUAUCACCACAAAACGAUAACGAUACGAUAACUUGUAAACACGCGAUGAUUGGUAAAAAAUUAUGUUGGUGUCCACACUACAACGAAAACGAUAAAAUUAUCGGCGUUUGACGAUAACGAUUUUAAAAUCGCUCACCCGAGCGAUUUUUUUUCAGUCGGACGAUGACGAUAAAUGUUUUGAUCAAGCUCAAAGAUAACCUUUGGGCAUUUUUCAUCCCAAAAUAUGUCGGAUGCGUGGAAUUUACAUGCACAGAUAAAGUUCUUCACGGUUUUGAAUACUUUGGCAGGUUUGCUAGUUAUUGCUAGAAGGAAAAUGUAAGUACGCGAAUAACAAAUUUCCGCGUACCUACGUGGUACUUGCCUAAAAACAAAGAAGUACCAUGGAUUUGGUAUCAUUGGUGAAUGAGUAUGAUUGUCUUCAUACUAUCUUAGAUAACCAUGCACCGAUUAAAUCCCGGGAAAUUACAUUGCGCCCUAAGGCACCCUGGUAUACUAACGAAAUCAAUGAUAAGAAACGAAUUCGGAGACAACUUGAAAGAAAAUGGCAUAAAACAAGGACGAAUGCUGAUUGGAAUCGCUAUAAACAACAAUGUUAUGCUGUAAAUAAACUUAUCGACUCCUCAAAAUCGGCUUACUAUACCGACUUAAUUAAUAAUGGAUCAUCUGAUCAAAAACCCCUUUUCAAGACUGUAAGCAAUUUGCUGCAUACAAAUACGAUUAUUCGCUAUCCAUCUUCUCCUGACCCAAUGUCACUUGCCAACUCAUUUAGUGAUUUCUUCACUCAGAAAAUUGUUAAAAUACGAGGUGAUAUCGAAGAUGAACUCUUGAGUAAAAACAUAGAAAAUCCUAUACCUGAUGCUGAUUCAUGUCCUUAUGAAUUUCACACCUUCUGAGAGGUCGGAAAAGACGAAGUGCUCCAUUUAAUCCAACGUAUCGCAACUAAAUCCUGUUCUCUGGAUCCACUCCCGGUGGUCAUGCUAAAUCACUGUUUUAAAGACAUCUUACCCGUUGUAGUUAGAAUAAUCAACCUCUCCUUGGAAAGUGGUACAAUGCCUGACUCUUUGAAGAUUGCUGUUGUUCAACCGCUAUUAAAAAAGUACAAUCUUUCCUAUGAAGAAUUCUGCAGUUUUCGUCCAAUAUCAAAUCUGAAAUUUGUCUCGAAAUCUAUUGAGAAAGCAGUUGCUGUACAAUUAACUGAUUAUCUUACUGAAAAUCAUCUACAUGAGAAAUUCCAGUUUGCUUAUAAACCUUGUCAUAGUACUGAAACAGCGCUAUUGAGGGUUCAAAAUGAUAUCCUUCAAGCUCUAGAUAACGGUGAUUCUGUUAUUCUUGUCCUACUGGAUCUGUCGGCGGCUUUUGACACCGUGGAUCAUUUAAUGUUAUUAACAAGACUAUCGAAACGCUUUGGCAUAAGGGGUCGUGUGUUGGAUUGGCUUACCUCAUACCUUACAUCCAGGAAACUGUUUAUUCGUGUUGAGGGAACUGAUUCGUUAUUGAGUGAUCUUGAUUGUGGUGUACCUCAGGGAUCUGUGUUGGGUCCUCUGUUGUAUUCACUCUAUACUGCCCCUCUCGCGGAUGUGGCUAGGCGCCACAAUCUGCGCUUUCACUUUUUUUCUGAUGAUGGGCAACUUUACAUUGCAUUCAAAACGAAUGAUCGUGAUGAUUUAAUAUCAUCUAAGAUCCGUAUGGAGAAAUGUAUACUUGAAUUGGGAAACUGGUUGAUGUUGAAUAAAUUGAAACUAAAUAGUGGCAAAACGGAGCUUAUAUUAGUCCAUCACCCCAGUUCUUAUCGAAUUGCAUUGGUUACCUGUCCAAUACCGUAUUCAAUUCAAGAUUAUACUUCUUGUCUACAAAGCUGUUAAUGAUCUUGCUCCAUCGUAUCUGAAGGAACUUAUGCUGUGUCGUACUUCGCAGCGUACUCUUCGAUCAAAUGGAAAUGA